CAUCUUCUUCCUCCCAAUCAUUCCAAAACCCCCUUUUUCAUCCUCAUUCCAUCUCGAUUUCUUCACCACAAGUCACAUUGAAGCGUUAACACAUAAUUCAUUCCGAAGAUAAUCUCUCAAACGGGCUGAUUACCAGAGCAGUAGGUUUCAAGAGCAAAGGGUUUACGAUGUUUACUCGAUUGUUUGGCAAACCCAAACAAGAAGCUAACGCGGUCACAACGUUAGACAAGUUAAAUGAGCCAUGCAGACACUUGAAAUGCUAGAGAAGAAAGAGAAGGUACUUCUAAAGAAAGCUGCUGCAGAGGUUGAAAAGGCAAAGGAAUUCACUAGAGCAAAGAAUAAAAGGGCGGCAAUACAAUGUCUAAAGCGAAAGAGACUUUAUGAACAGCAAGUUGAACAACUUGGAAAUUUUCAAUUACGUAUUCAUGAUCAGAUGAUAAUGCUUGAGGGUGCAAAAGCUACCACAGAGACGGUGGAUGCAUUGAGAACUGGAGCUCAAGCAAUGAAGGCCAUGCAGAAGGCAGUGAAUAUUGAUGACGUGGACAAAACAAUGGAUGAAAUAAACGAGCAAACUGAGAACAUGAAACAAAUCCAAGAAGCAUUGUCAGCACCUAUUGGUGCAGCAGCGGAUUUUGAUGAGGAUGAAUUGGAGGCUGAACUUGAAGAAUUAGAAGGAGCUGAGUUGGAGGAACAACUUCUCCAACCUGCCACAACUACCCCUACAACCUCAGUGUAUGCACCUGCCGGCAAACAACCAACACGUCCUGCUCCACGGCAGAACAAAGCCGAGGAAGAUGAACUUGCUGCAUUGCAGGCCGAAAUGGCAUUAUAAACAGUUUCGUCUUCCAAUUGGGAAAAGAUUGUAAAGAUUGAAAUACAAAGAAUGGAGGUAUAUGAUGGUAAGGUGAUCCUGACAUUAAAAUUUCAUUUGGUUUUCUUUGAUCCUUCAUGGCUGGCUUGAUCUGUUGAUUCAUUACCAUCAAUGUGCAUGUGGUCGAUCAUGUUAUGGUCACUAAUUUAUGAACAUAAGAACAUGAUAUGAUAUGGGAUUUUCUUUUCGUGUUC